AUGACCGCAAACAACGUUCACCAAAAGGGCGUUGAUGAGACGGCGAGAUUAUUAGGUGGAAAUUUUGAUGAUAAUGAUAACAAAAGUCUUCAUGACAACACAUAUUAUCAUUCACAGCCACUACCAACAUCCACUAUUUCAUUUUUACCGCUUCCGCUCCCACAACAACCAAAAGAAUUUGUAGCAUUUUUAUUAUUAAACACUGAAUUUCCUUCUUAUCAUGAAGAAAUAAAGUGGCAAGAAGAUGCUACGAGAAUAAAUUCAAUAGCAUACUUUAUUUAUCAAAAACAAUAUAUCGAUUAUCUUGAGCAGCAAAAGAUAAAAAUAACAACAAAUAUUCAGGAAACAAUAAAAACAGAGUGGGAAAAAGAAAGCAAAAGUGCAAAAGAUAGUUAUUUUGCUUUUUCAUCCGAAUGUGAGAUUUUGUAUUUAAAGGCAAAGAAUGAACGCAAAUCUGUCCAAUUACAAGCUUUGCAGGAAGAUAGGCAGUUACAGACGGCCUGUCCCACAUCCAGUAGUCCUCAAUUUAACUCAAUAAUAGAUAAUUUUUUUCCCCCCAUGUCAUCGAUACAACCUAGACCACCUCCAAGAAAUCAUUAUGACGAUGACACAUUACCUGAGGAUAUGGGUCCUUCCUUAUUUUAG